AUGAAGAAGCAAAAAGAUGAAGAGGACGAAGAAGAAGAAGAAGAUGAAGAAAAGGGAGAGACGUGUUAUAAUAAGAAUUUAAAAAAUGAGUUUAAUAAAAAAAUUAUAAAUAAAGAAGAAAAAUAUUUAAAUAAAUUUAGAAUAUCUAAUAUAUUAAAAUGUGUUAAUAUUUUUGAUAAGAAUGUAUCAGUAUAUGAAUAUGAAAAUAUAUUAAAAAAAAUGUUAAUAAAAAAAAAAGACAAUCAUAUAAUAAUAAAAAAAAAAAAAAAUCUAAAUAAAAAGGAAAAGGAAAAGAAUGAUGAUUAUCAAAAUAUUCAAAAUAUUCAAAAUAUUCAAAAUGAUUAUAUGUGCCAUGUUAACAAUAAUAUAAUUAUAAAUACAGAGAACCAAAAUUAUAAGCAUGACAUUAAUAAUAUUCAACAAUAUAUAAAUAACAACUCUCUUGAUUAUAAUUAUAGCAAUUACAUCAAAAUCAAGAAUCAUAAUUUGUUGAAUAAAAAUGAACGUACCAAGGGUUAUUCUAGUGAUAGUAAAAUAUAUUUUGAAAAGAAAAAAAAAAUUAAAUAUUCUAGACAAAAGCAAAAAUAUAAAGAGCUUCCUAAUCAUAUAAGACCUCUAAAAGGAGAACAACAAAAUAAUAAACUAUAUGAAGAAUAUGUGGAAGGUAAACCUUAUAAUAAUCUACUUAAUAAUGUGAAUAAUAAUUUAUUAUAUUUUAAUAACAUAAGUAAUAUUAAUACAUCACAUGAUGAGAAUUUUUUAGAAAAGGAAUAUAUUACAAACACAUCUAACUAUGAAUAUUAUACAGAUAAUAAUAAAAAGAAAAGAAAACAAAUGAAUAAAAUUUUAUAUAACUUAGAACAUCUUAAUAAAUUUCACAACUCUGAAUCGAAUGAACAUCAGGAUUGUUUAGAUAACGAACAUAAAAAUAUUAACCAAGGAGGAAAAAAUAAAAAAAAAAGAAAAAAAAAGAAAAAAGAAAAUGUAAAUAAAUAUAUAUUUAUAAAUGAAGAAAAAAAUAAAAAUUCGGAUGAAAUACAAAAUGUUAAUAUGAUAAAAGCUUCUAAAAAAA